AUGGCCACAGCAGCACCCCAGAAGACAGUCCCCCCGAGGGCACGACACGCUGCCAACAACUGCAAGUACGGCACCCCUCUCCCCAUCCUCUUCCCACAGCCCCAGUCCACCUCCACCUCCGUCCUGGCCUCUUACCUCCCCUCCUUCGCUGCCAAAGCAGAGCUACUCCAAGCAGUCGGCGACUAUGACCCAAUCACGCAGAGUGUAUGGGUAAUCGACCGAAAGGGCAUGGACUUGCUCUUCCAGAAAGGUUUCUUCGGAAAAGGUACCCUCUCGCGAUCAGAACCUUCGUGGCGAGAACGCCGGGUCGCGCUCUUAAAAGGAGGGGACGCUCUCGGUGCAGAGCAGAUGAGGGAAAAGAGGCGUCUGGAAAGGAAACAGUUCAAGCAGGACAGAGCUCAGGCAAUGUUGGACGCGGCAAAGAAGGCGGAAGCUAUCGUUGCAGCUGCCAAAGCCGGUGCGCCUGUGCCCUUGGAGCCUGAAGAGGAUGAGCAGGAGGAAGAUCUCGAAGGAGAUGUGUCUUUGGUGGUCGAUGCCAGUGAAGACGUAUCUCGACCCGCUUCGCCGUCGCCUUCGGUGGCUGCCACUACUACUACUAUAGACCAUACGAAUGUCACCGCGCAGACGUUCUUGGUCCGACCCACAAGACCAGAUGCCAACCGAAACAGAGGUAGAAACGCCUUCCGGCGGCGUCCUCCCCAAGCGCAGGCUCAAGCGCAAACCCCUGGCACAGCUGCUACCCCAGUCGCGCGCCCUCCCCCACCUCCUGUUGAAGAAGACGAUGAAGAAGAGGACGACUUCUUUGACGAGUCCCUAGUGGAGGAGAUGGAACAUCUUCAAUUGUCUGCGGAAGAAGCCAUCUUUUGCUCCCUUGCAAUUGGUGCUCUCAAAGUACGCGAUCCUUCAACGCAGGACAUACUUCCACCAGGCCCUGCUCUCCUGUCUCUUCUCCUCCCGCCACCCUCUCCGACACCAUUCCCUUCCUCAAUAGAAGAACACCGCAGUAUACUACUACCGGAUAACCCUGCUUUAGUGAGCUAUGUGGUCUAUCACCACUUUAGGUCUCUGGGAUGGGUAGUGAAGGAUGGUAUCAAGUUUUGCUGCGACUGGUUGUUGUAUCGUCGAGGCCCUGUCUUUUCUCAUUCAGCAUUUGCAUGUGUUGUCAUCCCAGUAUAUUCCGACCCGGAAGACCAAGCCAAGUCGCCAUAUGGUGAAGAAGAUUGGUAUGACGAACGCUUGAGCUGGAAAUGGAUGAACACAGUCAUUCGAGUCAACUCUCUCGUCCAAAAGAACGUCAUCGCCAUAUAUGUCACCAUCCCCUCCCUCUCCGAGUUUUCCACCACGAGCAAGUUGGCUGAUGGCACACUCGACCCAAAGAGGAACGAUCUGAAGGCUCUCUUGCAGAGAUACACUGUGCGAGAAGUCAGCUUGACACGGUUUGGAGCGACGAGGCGACGAGAUUGA